CUGCAAAACUCUUUUCCCUUCUCAUUCCUUUUCUUGAGUGAAAUUCACGAUGAGUGACCUACAAACCUCAGCUCUCAAGAAUGAGCAAAAUAGAGAGGAGAGUUCCAUCGUGAAAACCAUGAAAAGAGAGGAGGCAGCUUCCGCUUACAGUCUGCAUAAUUCAGACAAUCCUGGUCAAAUGUUUGUAAGUGAUCCACUCACCGAUCAAAACUACGGAGAAUGGGUCAGCGACAUGACCAACUCUCUUUUGGCAAAGCACAAAAUGGGCUUUGUCGAUGGCAGCAUACAAAAAGCAGCAGAGGGGGAUGAAUACCUCGGAGCUUGGAUCCAGUGUGACGCCAUGGUAAAAGGGUGGCUCAAGACCGCCAUGGACAAAGAGGUGAGAACCAGUGUUCGAUACGCGAAAACAGCCCGCGAGAUAUGGGUUGAUCUUCAAGAGCGAUUCGGAAAGGGAAGUGCACCUCCUGCCUAUGAGUUGAGGCGAGCCAUCUCACUCCUGCAGCAAGAGAAACUUACAGUUUCAGCCUACUAUACGAAGCUAAGAGGGCUGUGGGAGGAAUCCAACUCUAUCACACCACAACCAACAUGUGUUUGCAAUCGCUGCACAUGUGGUCUUGAAAAGCGGGUGAGGGAGAUAAGUGAAAAUGCAAGGGUCUUCGACUUCCUAAUGGGACUUGCUGAUGUAUUUUCUACUGUGAGAUCUCAAGCACUCAACGUUAAGCCCACUCCAACACUUGGAGAGGUUUAUCACAUGGUAGCUGAGGAUGAACAGCAAAGAAACAUCUCAGCAAGCAGGAAAUUAAUGGUGGAGGCAGCAGCUUACCAAGUAAAUGCAAUCACAAGAGACGGUGGUGAACGCCGCAAUGAUGGGAAAGAACAGCUAAAGUGCACUCACUGCAACAAGCUCGGACACACCAAAGAACGAUGUUAUGAGCUGAUAGGCUACCCACCAAAGGGAGGGAGGCCAGGAUAUAAAGGAAAUCGUCUCAAAUAUGAUCACAAGAGUGGCCCCAAGGCUGCCCAUGUCACUGAAGUAGAAGGCAGCCCAAUUCCUGGACUAUCAGUGGACCAAUAUCAUCAACUUGUGCGAUUUCUGAGCGGUGGGAGUUCAUCAAAGGCUUCUUCAUCCGGAGAACCUGCAGUGAACAUGGCUGGACUUACACUCGAAGAAGCUGAUUGGAAUGGGUAAGUUGAAAGAUGGUUUGUACUAUCUAAACCUCUUUGUCGCAAAACAUCAGGCUUUGGCAGUACACGGCAGCAACAUAAAUGAGUCGGAACUUUGGCACUCUCGGCUCGGGCACCCCUCUGAAAAGAAGAUGCAGUUUUUCAACACUUCAAUAAAAAAUAAGUGUAAAAUCUCAC